UUGAUGUCGACUAGAGCUUACACAGUCCAUAUAUACAAAGUGCAAUGAGUUUUCAAAUCUAUUUAUUAUUAUUUGUAGUACUUAAUGCCAUGCAACCGCAAUGUUGUCAAUUAAGCGCCAUCGCUGAGCGAAAUAAACGCUGGGUACCGGCACUUUUAUUUCCGCCGACCAGUCCAACGCGAGUGCAGUAUAUAGCCGGUAUUGGUAUACCCCUGGAGGACUUAAUGUACGAGGCUAUGACCACCGGUUAUGUACUCAAGGCUGAAUAUUAUCUACCCGAUAACGUAACGAAACUAUUCACUAUAACACGCAUGCCAUUUGCGGCACGACAAAUGACGAAAUUCGAACGCUUUCUGGCGCAGGCGGAUGAGUGGAAGCGUUAUGCCACUUGGGAGCAACACUUGACGGAUAAUCGUAAGGUGUUGUCCAGCUAUAGAUGGUCCAUUUACAAAGUGCUUGAAGGCUUAGCGGAGCGAAUUACACCUUCGGGACGCGAUUGUGUGCUGAAGAGUAUUUGCGAGGCCGCAGAGACGCCAUUUCAUUACGGUAAUGGCUUAUUUGGCGAAUUGUUACACGUACUAUUAACUCCCUCCUCUUCGGUGGAUGAGCUGUCAGAGCAUGCGGAUAAUGAAUACUUCUAUGCUGAGUCGAUAGGUCGCACCGGCGCGGAUUGCAGAUUGGUUUUUAAGGGGUGUAAGAAAUCAUUGUUGGAACAUUUUUCUGAUGUGAGCACUUUCAAAGAUAUAAUUUCGAAGCAGUUGGGACAAUUUGGAUAGCUUAAUGAAAAAACCAUGUGACAAUGCUAACAUUUUAGUGAUGUGUAUGCUUGUCCGAAAAAUAAAAUAUGAAAAUCCGAAUUUUCAAUAAAGUGCUCGUGGAAGCUUUGUUCUAAAAAGUAUAGUUACUAAAAAUAGGGUGUGGCUUAACAGUCGGUUGAUACGAACUCUAAAGUAAUAGAAAUUAUGGAAAUAAGUUCUGGUAGUGAAUACCUUUUAAGAGCCUGAAUUCGUCUUGUAUUCUACAAUUUACCGAAAGGUCUUUGGAUUGUCAUCACCUUUUAUGUGAAUAUCACCAAGAUUUAACCUAAUCCAGGCAACCAUACUAGGUGUUACAGUUGCAAACUAAUAUUCCGCAGAGUUUGUGUUCGAAUUCAGCUUUUAUUUGUCUUCACCAUAGGAUACACUAUAUUUGCAUAUAUACAAAAGUAUAUACGUAUUUUAUCCUGUGGCUGGGGAGCAAAACGCCACAGUUAGACCCUUUCAUUUACUUCGAUUUUUUGUUAGUCUCUUGAUUUGUCUCUAACUUUUUUGGACGUUAGAUAUUUACAUGUCCAAGUUUCUUGUCUAGAUUAGAGUGGGUUGGCCUUUCCAUUGGUUGCAUUGUGAAUUCCAUUCGAAUUCCGGACAGGGCAUUAUUUGAAUAAUAAUAUUCGGUUUGCAGUAUAUGUACAGUCGUAAGUUGUCGACUAUUCUAUUAACCGCUAAUU